AUGGUUAGACCAGACAAAAUUGAUUAUUUCAUACAAAAUCUAGGAAUGACAAUCGACGAGAAACGCUUCCCUGAAAUUUAUUCCCAUUUAACUGAUAUUUCAAAGGAAGGAAUGUCGAAAGAUCAAAUUGAAAUGAUUGUAAAAUCUACUAAAGACAAAGAUGUUUUGUUAAACGUUAUACAAUCUUUAGAUGAUGAAGAUGCCUAUUUGAAAUUUAUUGAACUAGUUGUUCAGUAUAAUCUUUUGCCAAUUAUUAUUGAUUUAGAUAUCUCCAAACUCCUCCAUAUUGCUUGGAAUCAUCUAAAUGUUGAAUUUUUAACCGUGUUGAGAGAAUUCAAAGAUAACUAUCUUGCGUCGAUGAUUGGAUUUAUCAAACUAGGGUCUUUGAAUGAUGACUUUUAUAAAUUUAUCAAAACUGGACCUUUACCCAUUGAACAAUUCAAACAAAGAAUAUUGGAUGCUAUAUCUAAGAUUGAUAUUUUUACAGUUGCGAUAUCUAAUCCAUUAGAUCUGGCUGUUUACUUGUGUAAUGAAAGAGCAACUUCCCCACAACUUGACGACUUCAUCCCCACUAUUGGUAAAUUCUUGAACAAAAUUGAUGAAAACGUGGAUACAUUGUUGUUGUUAAUAAAAGAAUACUUUGCAGAUUAUAUUUUGCUCAAGGAUGAUGUUGAUGAAGAUGUUGUUGAUGUAUUGUCUAGUAUACAACAGAAAGUCAGUAAACAUUUUGAGAGUUUCAAAUUUGGUGAUUUAAUUAAUGAAAACAACCCAACCUUCCAAGAACUUUGGCAAUUUGUUGAAGGAAAUGACAUACAAGCAUUUUAUGCUGCUAGGAUAAUCAAACGAGCCAUUGAAGAUUCGUUGGAAUUUGAAAGUCUUGCUAGUUUUGAAUCGUUUGAUAUUAAUUAUACAAAGUUAGUGAAAUCUCCAUUUAAAUUUGUAUCUAUGGUUGCAGGAUUUUCCAAAUUCUUAAACUCAAAAAAAUUAAAUCGUAUUAGAAACUAUGUUUUAUCAGAAAUUUUGGCAGUCAAGAAAGAUGAACAAAUUAUUGCUGAUGGAAUUAAAUGGGUUUCACUAUCAUUAGUAUUUUUCAAUACUGAGUUUGGAACUGAUGUUUAUCCGAUUCAUAAACUUACAAUGGUAUUAAGGUUGAUCAGCGAUUGGUUAGAUUCUUCAGUUGCUUAUGACAAUGAAUUUAUUGAUUUGCGAGUACUUAUUUCCCGCUUUUUGGGUUUUAUAAUUCAAAAUCAAACAAAUAUUCCUGAUAAUUAUUAUGAAUUGGCCAAUAAAGUGUUGGAAAACAAUUUUGAAAUCAUCCAACUUGAACCAAACAGAUUAGAUUUGAAUUAUUAUACUUUGAAAUUUUAUAUUCUGGUUAUGGAUAAAAGGGUAUCUAAAUUUGAUGAGGAAUUAAUUGAUAUUUUCAUUAAUUUUAAUGCUACUUGCCGUAAUCAAGCAACUAUAUUGGUAGAACAAACAAUUGCAAGGGUAUUAAGAGAAUCACCAAUUGAAAUGAAAAUCGUUCAGUCUAAAAAGGAUUCAAUUUUCAAAUUAUUCACAGAUAGUAAAUCGAUAUCGGUUCAAAGAAUUUGUACAUGGUAUUUAAGACAGAUUAUUUUAUUAGAGCAACAAGAUUUUGUUGUUGAAUAUCAAUUAUCAAAGAAUGACGAAGAAAUGCAAGCAAGAAUACCUGAAGAAUUAAUUAAAAUUGUUAAUCAUACUUUAGGUCAUCAAGAGUAUGAAGUUUUCCAAUAUAUGUGGUCAUGGAUAUUGAUAUUGUCAUAUAUGGAAGAUAUCACUUUGAAGAUGAAGAAUGAAUAUAUCGGACAACUUUUACAAAAUAAAGAGCUUCCAAUAUUGUUUGAUUUUGUUUUCGAAUAUUUACACAUUGAAGAUGAGAGUUUGUAUAUCAUUGAUAGUGGUAAACCACAAGACAUUGAAAACAAUGUUAUCCCCAAUUAUGAUUUAAUUGAAACUGGAAAAUCAGAAAGCUCUACUCAUGAACUUAAGUUGCUAGCAACAUACCUUUAUUUCAAAUGUGCUCAACUUUGUGGGUCACAAGUGCAACUUUGGUUUCAAGAAAUUAGAGAUAAACAAUUCAAAAACAUUGUGGAGAAAUUCACUGUUAAAUUUAUUUCACCAAUACUUGUUAAAGAUAUUAAACAAAAUGUUGGUAAAGAAAUUGGUAAACUUCAACAGAAUGAAGUCAAUAUAAAGAUUGGUACCAAUCAAAUCAAAGCCAAUAUCCCAGUGGAAGAAGAAAAUAUAUCGAUGCGUUGGUCUAUCCCUGCGAAUUAUCCUUUGAGUAAUGUUGCUGUUGAAGGACCACUUUGUGUUGGGGUUAAAGAAAAUCAAUGGAAGGCAUGGUUAUUGGCUUCACAAAAAAUAAUUUCUUUAACCAAUGGAUCAAUUGCUAAAUCAAUUGAAUUAUUUUGUAAAAAUGUCAAUUUACAUUUUUCAGGAUUUGAAGAUUGUGCCAUUUGUUAUUCGAUUCUUCAUCAAGAUUCUUCAUUACCUUCGAAAACUUGCACAACAUGUUCAAACAAAUUCCAUGCAGCUUGUUUAUAUAAAUGGUUCAAGAGUUCGGGUAGUUCAACUUGUCCACUUUGUCGAUCAACAUUCAAUUUCAGAAGGUAG